AUGGAGAGGGAGACAAAGAAGAGGAAGAUGGAGUGUAUUGCAGAACAAGAAAGAGAGAAAGAAGAUGAAGAUGAAGAGAAGAUGGAGAAGUUCUUUGCCUUGCUGAGACGCAACAAAGAAAUGCAUGAUCAUAUAAGAAGAAACUCAAAUGGAAUAUUUAAAGAGAGAGAGGAGAUCAAGAAAGCGGAAGAAGAGAGAGUCAUUGUGCAUUGGAAUCCAUCAUUUCAGCCAGAAGAUUUCUCGGAGGAUGGCAAGGAUAGUAGUCAGGUAGCUGGUCCUUCCGAGAGAAAGCAUGAAGAGAAGAAGGAUAAGGGAGAAGAAGGCACUGACUUGGACCUAAAGCUUUCAUUGUAG